AUGGAUGAUGAUAAAGAAAUUCUCCUCAAGAAGCUGAACGGACUGGUUACAAAUAUCAAAUGGAGCCCAAAGAAUGUCACUGACUUGUUUGAUGCUCUUUUGAAGCGAUUUGAGUCAACAACAAAUAACAACUCCCAUUUCCUCACAUGGAUGAUAAAAAUGUUGCACUGCAUAGAGAUUUACUUUAUUACUUCUGACUGGAAGGAUGCAGAUGGAAAAACACUUCUGGAACUACUUAGAGACAAAACUGUAACAGAUGAAACCUUGAAGGAAUAUUUAGCCAAUGACAGAGAGAAGACCUUGGAGGAAAUCAUUGAUGAAAUCCGCCAAGAGAAGUUAAACCAGGUUGAUGUAAAGAUUUUAGAUGAUAUCAGAGAUAUUGUAUCAACAGUUCAUCAAGACUGUGAUAUUAAAAAUUACAGCUUAAAGAAGAGUGAACUGAAAUCAAUCUUAAAAAAUCUGCUUUUGCAAAUGGAAAAAAAAUCAACUCCAUUUCGGCCACGACUGACACAGAUGGUGAGCUGGUGUCUGAUGGCUCUUUCAGAAACAGGGCGAUUGAUUCAGGUUGGCACAGGAGAGGGGAAGUCUUGCAUAGUGGCCAUGUUUGCAGCUUUUCGAGCUCUGAAAAAAGAAAACGUCGACAUCAUGUCGAGUUCAUCAGUUCUUGCAGAGAGAGAUUUUAAAGAAUGGGAAGGAUUUUAUAAAGAGUUGAAUAUCACUGCUGAUUAUAACUGCAACAGAUCAAUUUAUUUUACACCAUGUGAACUUAACCAAGCUAAAAGCAGCUGCUACAUCCCAGGCUUCUUCUCAGAGCUGGUCAAAUCUAAACUAAACGUCUGGAUUGAAAAUGCAUUUAAAGCUCAAGUCAUGACAGAGGACCAUGAAUAUGUGAUGGAGAAACAUGGAAUCGUGCCUGUGGACUACAGCUGCACAGGGGUUGUUGAAAACUACAUGAAGUGGACUGAUGGACUGCAACAGUUUAUUGAAAUGAAACAUGAGUCAAAGAUGACUGACAUGACAGCCAUCACAAACUACAUGUCUAAUGUGGGCUUGCUUCAAAAGUACAAAAACCAGUUUGGAAGUCAGAUCUACGGGAUGUCUGGAACUCUUGGCCAAAAAGAGGAGAUUGAGACUUUACAAAAAAUCUAUGAUGGUAUCAAAACCUGUCAGAUACCUUCAUUCAAACGUAGAAAGCUGUUUGAGGUUGAAGGUGUGGUUCUCAUGGACGAAGAAGACUGGACUGAAAAAAUCUGUGAUGCUGUCAUUGCACAAACCAGUCCUACAUCAUACAGGGAUCCUAGAGCUGUGCUCAUCAUCUGUGAAACCAUCAGACGAGCAAAAAUGAUUUAUCGCAAUCUAGGAGACAGAGUCCAGAACAAAAAUCUUUAUAUAAACAACAACAUGGACAACAGUGUGAUCAUUUCCAAGGAGCUUGAAGCAGGAGAAGUGAUCAUAGCAACAAACCUCGCUGGCCGUGGAACAGACCUUCAGGUUUCUGACACAGUAAAGGAAGCUGGAGGUUUGUUUGUUUUGCAGACCUUCCUGCCCACGAAUGCUCGUGUAGAGGCGCAGGCUUUCGGCCGCACUGCUAGACAAGGAUCUCCAGGGUCUGCUCAGCUCAUUGUCUGUUUGAGUCAUCUUUCAGAGUUGCUCCAAUUAAUGGUUUUAAGAGUGAAACUUCUUUCUUUAUUCAGAAAUCUAACAGAUGUUACUCCACUUAAACAACUUCUGUUUGUGAUGCAGUUAAGGUCAUAUCAACAAAGCAACCAUAAUGAAGGAUCUGCAGAAAUGACUUCAACACUGAAGGAUAUUUUGACUGGAGCAUCACAGCAGGAAGUAAAGAUAAUUAAACAGGUCAGAGACCGCUCAGUGGCUGAUGAGCUAUCAAGCUACUUGGAGUUUCAGAUCCCAGACAUGAAGAAGAAGGAAGAACUCUUCAAUGAUUAUCUGGAUGUACUGGAUGAUCUGUACACAAGCAGCAAUAACAAGCCAGAGACAUCAGAUUUGUCUGCUCUGAAUGAGUUUUGGGGUGUGUGGCUACUAAUGAGUUUUAAUGCAGAAGAUUCCACUGAAGAGUUAAAAAGUAGACUGAAAACAGAUCUGGACACAGCAAGGCAGAAACUCAGACAGAGAGAAUCACCAUCAUCAAACCUCUACCACUACAUUAGCUUUGGUAAUGACCUGCGUGAAAAGGGGAAGUUUGAAGAGAGCAUCAACAUGUACACUAAAGCCAUUCAGAAGGAUCACUGUUGGGGAGCUAUUGCAUAUUACAACCGUGCUCUUACAUCUUUGAAGCAGCAAAACAGGAGUCAGAGUCCAGACUGCAUCAAUCGAGCUCUAGAAGAUUUGCAAAAUGCACUCAAGUCUGUUCAGCUUCACUGUGACCAACUCGAAGUCACUCACAGGUUCUUAACACAGCACACCAACAAAGACAAUAGUGAUUCACUCACCAGGCAUGACAAACACUUAAUAGCCAGAUUCACAGUGUUGGAGUCAUUCAAGGUAAACAUUACAGAGGCCAUAAAGAAAGUGGACAAAGCCAGAGAUACAGGUGGGAAGGUAAAAGUGGAAGAGAGUCUAGUCUACUUCAUGGUUCCACUGGUGUAUUUUUUGCCUUUUAUCUUCCAUUCAAGGCAAUCAGUGCGUGUUAUCCGCUCUAGAGAUCCUCUGAUGUGCCACCAACUCAUCAGCCAUCCUUCCUUUGAUAUUCUAAAUGAACUUGAGUGUCUUAAGAGUCUGGGCCUGACUCAUGUCUAUACCUUAGACACACUGUUUUCUCUGGGAGGCUUUUUCUCAAAGAUUGGUCUACAAGAGAUAGAUGUGGAGCCUUACAGGAAUGUUGAGCUGGAGUGUCAGGGUCCAGAAAAUGGCAAACUCAUCCUGCUGGCGUGGAAAAGACCUGAUCUGCUAUCAGAUGGAUACGUCUUCUUCUACCGAGAUGAUCUCCCACAUAAAAACUUUCAGGAUCCGAUUUUUAGGGGUCGAGUGAAGCUGAGAGAUCCACAGAUGAAAAAUAUGGAUAUGUCCAUCAUCCUGAGCAACACCACCAUUAAUGACACUGGAACCUACGAGUGUUGUAUCAUCGUGGAAGACAGAAGGCAAGAAACCUCUGAGAUCAAGCAUGAAAUCAGGCUGAAGGUCUGCACCAAUAAAGUGACCCUGUCUCUCAACUGCCACCUUAAUGUGGUGGAGGGAUUUGUGAACUCAGAUGUUCCUGGGAGCCGAGUUAUCUGGAGGCUUCAGCUCCUGGUAGGUUCUCCUGAGACAAACUGGUCUCAGGUGGUGAACUAG